AUGGCCGCUGCCUUUCGGCCAGUGAAUCCUCUUAACCUCACCGACUCCCACGAGGACACAAGCACCAUGAUGACUUCAUCUCAAACCACACCCCGCCCUAGCACGGCACCUCAACCACACCCUGAAAUUUCGAACGACGAUGGAAAGACGCCAACGCGAGUCACUUUUGGUGUCUCUAACGAUGUCCACAACCAACGAAACGACCAACCUCAAUCAGAAAACGCCAACUCCUCCGCCACGACCUCGCCGAAUAGAGACUCGAUGGAUGUCGACAUGGAUGACUCCGAUAAUGAAACAGGUGUUGGGGAUGACAACGGCGGAUCUGACGGCGAAAGUGUAAAUGGCGAUGGAACCAAGUCCAAGAAGAAGAAGUCUCAACGCUUCUACUGCACCGACUAUCCUCCCUGCAACUUGAGCUUCACCAGAAGCGAACAUCUUGCUCGCCACAUUCGAAAACAUACUGGAGAACGCCCAUUUCAGUGCCACUGCUCACGACGCUUUUCUAGACUGGACAACCUUCGCCAGCAUGCUCAGACCGUACAUGUCAACGAAGACAUCCCCAUGGACUCUCUCGCCGCUACCGGUUCCAGAUUCCAGCGUCAAAUGCGCACUACCGACAGAGCCCGACACGCUGGCAACAGAGCCCGAGCAUCGACAAGUGGUAGCGCUGGGGGCCCUCCUCGCGGCCACUCCAAGUCACUGUCAACGUCGAGUAUUAACUCCAUCGGGUCGAUGGGCUCGUCCUACGGAAUGCCUAUGCACGCAGAUCGACGGCGGCCACCACCUCUGGUCAUGUCUGCAGACCCACGAUCCAGGAUGUCAGUCGAGUCGUACCGCAGCGGUGUUGAUAGCAACUACUCUUACAGACCACACUCGCCUAGCGAUUUCAGCACUCCGACAUCCGCCACGUUUUCUACCGCCCAAAGCAGUCCACGCUGGCCCUCUGGCAUGGGAUCCCCGACAACGAGCUCGGGACGCCGCUUGAGCGUGCCAUCUGGUGUUGCCCCCUUCCAAGCGCAUGGAACCCCGGCCGGUCGCCUCUCAUUUGGCCCAGCACUUGUGAACAGCUCAAAUGCCGGCGCAUUCUCUCCCCCGAACCACAACACUGUGCCUUCCCCAGCAGGACACGCUCCAGGAUGGUCUGGUCGCCGUGAUAGCACGUCUAGUAACAAUGCAGACGAUGGUUGGCGCAGACGUACUUGGCAUCCGGAAAGCCGCGCGUACAACGGUCAACAACCACCACUGACUGCACAGUCCGCUGUUCACCCAAAUCCUCCACCACCUAUGGCCACGCCGACGAACGCACAGUCCAAUUGGCGGCUCCCUGGAAUCGAAUCUUUCGACCCUCUUCCCCAGCGCCCGCCAACGCCGCCUCGUCGCACCCAUUCGCCGAUGGCUGUUGAUCCCGAGAGCUAUCAGCGCCGCAUGCCUAACGCGCACCUGGAUUCCAUUCCCGUGGACGAUCGCCGGAACUUGAACAGGUACGAUGCCAGUCUCCAGCGUGGUAUCAACCGGCUUGAUAUUGGCCAUCGUACUCCUCCAAGCGACAGCGCAGGCAGCUGGGCCUCUGAGGCGAACAAGGCAGUUCAAGCGCAGGCCGAGCGCGUCCACAAUCAUGUCCGCUUCGAGGAGCCCCCACGUGAGCGUUAUGGUCCACCUCCAUCGCGCUCUCUUCACCAGCAUACUAUGUCUGCUCCAUCGUUUGCUACAAGUCGGGAGGCUAAGCGCCACGGCUGGUACAAUGGUCCUGUUGCGGCCCAGAGGGAUAAUGCGCCAGCGCAAGACAGCAAGGUCGCGCAGGUCGACAAGAUGGUGCACCCCAACUUUACAGGCUUCUCUGGCUUCCCUGUGGCAGAGCAGCCGCCACCAGCACAGCAGCAGCAGGAGCAUCCUGCUAAUAGUCGCUUUGACGCUCUUGUUGCUGUUGCCACCAACGAGAGCUCCACUGCCACAGCCUAUUGA